GCAGCCUGGUAAGUGUUGGCCUUUCCGUGGGGCCCAGGGCACCAUGACUGUGGCUCUGUCUCACCCUGUCCACGUCACCCACGUUACCAUGGAGCACAUCUCCACUGCCGUCUCUCCCACUGGACACAUAGACAGCGCUCCUAAGGACUUUGCCAUCUACGGCAUAACUACUGACAGUGAAGAGGGAACACUGCUCGGGACUUUCAUGUUUAACCAGGCCGGGGAUCCUAUCCAGACAUUUAAACUGCCUAACCCUAACAGUGUGUAUCGUUAUGUGGAGCUCCGUAUCAUCAGCAACUGGGGUCACCAGGACUACACAUGUGUGUAUCGCUUCCGGGUUCACGGCAAGAUGCCUUCUGCGUGAGACAGAUCCGCUGUCCACCCCAACCCCAGUGUGUGUCAUCCAACCCAAUAAUAUCUUAUUUUCCA